AUGAGGUGGUCCGCUUCUUUCCUCCUCGGCCUUGCCUCAACGGUGCUGGCCACGCCUAGCUACCAGCGUCUGCCGGAUAGCAAAUGGGACUACAUUGUCAACGGUCUCGAUAUCGAGCGCCGUGAGGAGCCUGCUAACUCUACCCUUUCCCACUACAGCCUUCGUGGCAAGAGCGUGGACCCUUCCAUUCUUGGCGUCGACAAGGUCAAGCAGUAUGCGGGUUACCUUGAUGACGACGAGAAGAACAAACAUCUGUUCUACUGGUUCUUUGAGUCUCGCAGUGACCCUACCAAGGACCCUGUUGUUCUCUGGCUCAGUGGCGGGCCUGGCUGCUCGUCCAUGACCGGCCUGUUCUUUGAGCUUGGGCCGGCCAAGGUCACCGCCAACAUACAGGUUGUCGACAACCCCGACUCAUGGAACAACCGCGCCAACAUUCUUUUCCUCGACCAACCCGUCGGCACAGGCUACUCGUACGGCGAGGGAGUGGACAGCUCUCUUGCCGCCAGCAAGGACAUCUACGCCCUCCUCAAGCUCUUCUUCCAGCAGUUCCCGCAGUACGCCAAGCAGGACUUCCACAUUGCCGGCGAGUCUUAUGCCGGACAUUUCAUCCCCCAUGAUGCCACCGAGAUCCUCUCCCACCCCGACAGCGGCAUCAACCUGAAGAGCAUCCUGAUUGGCAACGGUCUCACGGAUGCCUACAACCAGUACCCGCAAUACCCUGAGAUGGCUUGCGGCAACGGUGGCUACCCAGCCGUCGUCAACCAGGGCACCUGCGCCGAGAUGCGCAACGCCAUACCCAUGUGCCAAAGCGCCAUCGAAAAGUGCUACACUACCCAAAACGACAACGACUGCGCCUUGGCCUCGGGAAUCUGCAGCAGCGUUCCCAACGCCUAUUACCAGACCGGCCAGAACCCGUACGACGUGCGUAAGAAGUGUGAGCCCGACACAGACGGCCUCUGCUACAAGGGCCUGAAGUACAUCGAGCAGUACCUGGGCCGCCAGGAUGUCAUGCAGGCUCUCAACGUUGAGGUAACCGGCUUCAAGAACUGCAACAACCGCAUCAACUCGGACUUUCACAGCACCGGCGACGACAUGAAGCCUGUCCAUCUUGACGUCCCCAAGGUGCUGGCCAAGAGCGUCCCUGUUUUGGUUUACGCCGGUGACACCGACUACAUCUGCAACUGGCUCGGCCAGCGCGCCUGGACUAAUGCCCUCGAGUGGCCUGGCCAGCCGUCCUUCCAGUCGGCCGCGACUAAGAACCUCACCUACAAGGCCUGUGGCAGCAGCGCUUAUGGCACCGUCCAAGCCUCUCAAGGUCUCGCUUUUGCCCGCAUCUUUGGCGCUGGCCACCUAGUCCCCAUGGACGAGCCGAAGCCUAUCCUGGAUCUCAUCAACCGAUGGAUCCACGAUGGCGAGUUUCAACACUAA